AUCGGGAGGUGCAAAUUGUCCGAUAAAUUUCACUUAUUCGUGGCUUGUAUUGUAGCUUCGCAAUUGCAGCUUCGUUUCGGCUGCAGACCCACUUUCAAAUCGAAGGCUACUGUAAACAAGGUGCGACUACAUCGUCGACGGUGGCACACAGCUAGUCCAGUGGCCCUGCCCCCACCCCGUCCAAAUUGUGGGUUCUUGCUGGCGUUUCGGGUGUCUAAUUUCGGACCUGUGCACUGUGAUUUCCGAUUUCCAUUGCUUUGCUAUUCUUGGGAGUUGGCAAAUCGAACGCGAUUGCUGGGGUAGGCGAUCGGCGCCGGCUAGGGUGAAGAAGCAGUCUGGGUGGUUCCCCGCCAGCGGCAUCCAUGGAACUCCCGCUGGAGUUCGGGGCAUCCUUGCAACUGCGGUGGAACACUUCGUAAGGGUAAGAGAAUCGCGGAUUCCAGGAGCACUCGCAGUAUACCCAAUAGUAGCACUCAAAAGAGCAACAGUGGUCAUUGGGCAACAAGCAGAAGACGGAGCGCGAAGAAUUCGUAGAAAAGCUCCCAUGAUCUAGCUCCAGUUCGGCCGCAAGUGGAAACUGCUCCAGCCAAAAACUGGGCCUGCAGGAGGAGCACAAAGCGCCCAGCCCAGAGGCACCACUCGCCGACAAUCCUCUCAUGGCCCUGGCCAACGGGGGAGAGGAUAGAAUGGACGACAGCAGCAGCGGACGCACCUCGCUGGCGGACAGCGCCAGCCUGACAAACUCCUCCCUGCGCAGCGGCACCUCCUCACAGAGCAUCCACACCAACGAUGGCACAAUUCGUGUGUUCAACUUCACCAACAGCGAGUUUGAGCGCUUCCAUCCCAACAUGCUGUGCGAGGAGAUCUGCAAUACAAUGUGCCGCCAGCUGGGCAUUGCUCCAAUUGCCCAGCUGCUCUACGGGAUAAGGGAGCACUCCACAUCGCGACGUCCGUCGCCGCUGGUGCGUUUGGAUCUGACGUGGUGCCUGCCCGGCGAACGGCUCAACUGCCAGCUGGUCUACUGCUUUCGGAUGCGGUUCCGGGUGCCGGAAUUGGACAGCCAGCUGGAGCUGAUCGACGGACGGAGUCACAAGUUCCUCUACCGCCAGAUGCGCUACGAUAUGCGCACUGAGCAAAUCCCGGAGAUUCGCUAUCCGGAGCACAAGGACAAGUCAACGGGACUGGCCGUGAUGGACAUGCUGAUCGACGAUCAGGAACAGACGGAGGAUCAGCAGGCGAUGCGUUCCAUCGAGAAGCUUUACAAACUGUAUUUGCCACCGAGCUUGUGGCGCGCCCACAGCUUCUUCGUGGGCUCCAAGAUACGCGAGGUGUUCCGCAAUCUGAAGGCGAAUUCACCGAGUGUGGAGCGCCUGAAGUGGCACUAUGUGCACCAGGUCUCCCACCUGGCGCCCACCUAUAUGACCGAACAGUUCACCUGCACCGUUCAGUAUCUGCCCAACGAGGAGGUGGCCCGCGGCAGCGGACCCAUCGGCACCAGUCUGGCCCACUCCACGUCGACGCUGGCCAGCUCCGGAUCCACCAACACCCUGUCCACGCUCACCACCAACACCAAUUCCGUCGCACUCGGCGGCAGUGGCAAGAAGGCCAAGCGACGAUCCGCCAGCGGGGUAAUCGAUGUCUAUGUGCGCGUCUUUCCACACGACUCCCUGGAGCCGGGACUCAAGGUGGCCAGGGUCACCUCCGAAGCCACACUCAAGUGGAUCCUGGUUGGAGCCGUGGAGGGAAUUUUUAUGAUCUCCAAAAUCAACGACACCUCUGUGCGGCUGGAAAUCGUGGGUCUGCCCAAGGGCUACGAGAUGCAGUUCCAGACGGAGAAGGAGAUGAAGUCCUUCAUCUCCUACCUGGGCAUCUACAUCAGAUUGUCCAGCAAGUGGAUGCAGGACCUGUGCCACUCCUACCGCACGCCCUCGCUGGAGGAGCUGAGCUCCCUCCACUGCCAUGGUCCGAUCGGCGGUGCCUACUCGCUGAUGAAGCUGCACGAGAACGGGGACAAGUGCGGCAGCUACAUUGUGCGCGAGUGCGACCGGGAAUACAACAUAUACUACAUUGAUAUCAACACCAAAAUCAUGGCCAAGAAAACCGAUCAGGAGCGUUGCAAGACAGAGACAUUUAGGAUCGUGCGCAAGGACUCGCAGUGGAAGCUAAGCUACAACAACGGCGAGCACGUAUUAAACUCGCUGCACGAAGUGGCGCACAUCAUCCAAGCGGACAGUCCUGAUCGCUAUCGCAUACCCGCCUCCAAGUACGACAAGCCACCGCUGCUGCUCCUGCUGCUGCCAAAGAACCUCAAGGCCAAAAAGACUGACCUGCAACUCAGCGAGGCGGAGCUGCAGCGCCGCAAUCCGCAGAUCUUCAAUCCCAAGACGGAUCUGCAGUGGUAUCCAGAUUCGAUUUCGCUUAGCGACGAUGGCAUGAUGUUCACGAUGCGCGGCGAUUGGAUACAACAGAGUCCCGUGAAGGAUGUCUCCGUGACAAUGAAGAUGCUGAAGAGCGACGGCAAUUUCAUGGAGUUCUUUCGUCUGGCGCAAACCUGGAGCCUCAUCCAAUCGCCGCAGUUCCUCAAGCUGUACGGCCUAACGCUUGCCGAUCCCUACACGAUGGUCAUGGAGUACUCGCGCUACGGCCCGCUUAACAAGUUCCUGCACUCGACGCCCAAUGUCACACUGCACUGUCUGCUGGACCUGAUGCACGGAUUGGUGCGCGGCAUGCACUAUUUGGAGGACAACAAGAUCAUCCACAACUACAUACGAUGCAGCAAUCUGUACGUGACCAAGUACGAUCCCAAUUCGUACGUGCUGGACGCCAAAAUCAGCGAUCCCGGCUAUCCGCGUCCCUUCCAAGAAUCCGACUCGCCAUGGAUACCUGUUAAGUAUUAUCGCAAUUUGCAGGCGGCCAAAACGGAUCAGUUUGCACAGCUGUGGGCCUUCGCUACCACCAUAUACGAGAUCUUUUCGCGCUGCAAGGAAGACCUGAGUAGCCUGCGCCAGGAGCAGCUAAUCAGGCAGAAAAAUCUCGAUGGCAACAUACUCAAGAUGCUCGACCAGGACCUGUGUCCUGCGCCGAUCUUUGAGACAAUCAUGGAUGGGUGGUCCGAUGAUGAGACCAAGCGGUUCAGUCACCACGACAUCUUCUCCCGCCUUAAUACGAUCAAGUCGGAAAUACUGCCCACCUAUAUGCCGCCACCCGAGAUCGCAACGAAUGGAACUGGGGAUGAGGAAGUGGUUGAUAUAAGCGACUUACCCUUCCUGCCCUUCCCGCGUUCGAAUAUGUUGAUGGUAAUACCGCUGACCAGCGAGUGCCGUGUGAUCUACAACAUGGAGAACAAGAUCGGCCGGGGUCACUAUGGCACUGUGUACAAGGGUCAUCUGGAGUUCAACGACAAGGAUCAGCCGCGGGAGCAGGUGGCCAUCAAGAUGCUGAACACCAUGCAGGUGUCGACCGACUUUCACCGCGAGAUCGGCAUCAUGCGCACACUCAGUCAUCCGAACAUAGUCAGGUUUAAGUACUGGGCAGAGAAGUCGCACUGCAUCAUCAUGGAGUACCUGCAAUCCGGUUCCUUCGACAUCUACCUGCGCUUCACGGCACCCAAUCUCAAUAAUCCACGCCUCGUCGGCUUCGCCUUAGACAUUGCCAAUGGCAUGAAAUACUUGUCCGACAUGGGACUGAUCCACAGGGACUUGGCCGCCCGCAACAUUUUGGUGGAUCACAACGGCGAUGGCGACUGCGUCAAAAUCUCAGACUUCGGCCUGGCGCAGUUCGCCAAUUCCGAUGGAUAUUACUUCGCGAAAAGCAAGCGGGAUAUUCCCAUUAAAUGGUACUCUCCGGAGGCCAUCUCCACCUGCAGAUUCUCAUCGUAUUCGGACGUUUGGAGCUAUGGCGUAACGCUGUUCGAAAUGUUCUCCCGCGGCGAGGAGCCCAACCUGGUGCCGAUUCAGACGUCGCAGGAGGACUUCCUCAACCGCCUCCAAAGCGGCGAACGCUUAAAUCGACCGGCCAGUUGUCCAGACUUCAUUUACGAACUGAUGCAGCUGUGCUGGCACGCCACGCCUCGUUCGCGUCCCAGUUUCGCCACCAUCGUGGACAUCAUCACAAAGGAAAUGGCCACCAAGGUGUCGCACCCGACCGAUGGCUACCAGCUGCCGCCGAAUCAGCCGGCGGAUGCCGAGUGACUCGUGACGAGAGUUGUGCAAGCAACAACGGAAUGAUAUACACAUACCUAGGCAUAAGUUCUUUUAAGCUGUUAGCAUUUAAACUGUACGUUUUUAAAACAACACCCAACAAGCAAGCACCCAAGCCCCCAAGUCCCCAAACCACUUGACGCAAUCCUUGGCUUAAAGCGCUUACGGAAGAAUCACAAUGCCCCCCCUUUAUACCAAAUCCAGAACACUCACGCCUUCGCAAGCCUUUUUGGAUUCUCGCCAGAACUUAGUUUUUAUUGUUGUGCUUACCACAGGCGCCCCUGCCUUGUCAUUAUGCCCCCCUCUUGACUAAGCGGAAGUCCCGACUUUAUAUAUAUAUAUUUAUAAAUGUAUAUGUAUAAAGGAAUUCUCAACCUACUUUGUGUUAUACAUUUUAGCCCACUUUGUUAAAUAUUGUUAAGCUUGAGCUUCAAAUUAUUUUUUUUGUAAUGCCCACGCAUAAACACUAAACUAAAUAUAACGUGUAAAUAAUAAUGAAACUAGUUAAGGGUUUUAACGAGAACGGCAACACACGGUAAUUUACACGAGAUGCGGCGGCUGGACGGACGAUCGAGAGGAUGCGAUCUGUUCGGCGGUUUGAUUAAGUUUAAUCUACAACAAAACAUGUGCACAUAUAGUCCUAAGGUAUGUCAAUUAAUGUUGAUCAAAUGCCAUUUAAACCUACAAUACUUCGAAACAGAAACGAAUUAUAUAUUUACAUGCUAUACAAGCCACUAUACAAGCCGGUAUAUGCACAAUCACACACCCGCAGGCACAAUAACUUAUUAUUGCUGUUAACGAGAAUGGAUAUUUCCGAAAUAAAUCAAUUUUCUUACGUGUUUAAA